CUUCCUGACAUGGUGGGCAUACAAACUAAUCAAGAAAAGAAGAGAAGCCAAGCUCAAAGAGAAGUUCUUUAAACGAAAUGGGGGUCUAAUUUUGCAGCAGCAGCUAUCUUCACCAGAAGGUAAUGUUGAGAAAAGCAGCGUGUUCAAUACUGAAGAGCUCGAGAAAGCUACUGACCACUUUAACAAGGAUAGGAUUCUUGGAAAAGGUGGCCAAGGUACCGUUUACAAAGGGAUGCUUACUCCGACAGCAUCUAGGGUUCCUCGAUGGUAGAAUAGUUGCUAUCAAGAAAUCCAUAGGAAUAGAUGAGGAGAAUGUUGAACCAUUCAUCAAUGAAGUUGUCAUCCUCUCGCAAAUCAAUCAUAGAAACGUGGUCAGGCUCUUGGGGUGCUGUUUGGAGAGUGAAGUUCCUCUUCUCGUGGACGAGUUCAUUCCAAAUGGGACUCUCUACGACUAUCUCCAUGACAAAGAAUCCCCUGUUUCGUGGGAGGCACGCCUACGAAUUGCCACUGAAGUUGCAGGUGCUCUUUUCUACUUGCACUCGUCAGCAUCAAUCCCAAUUUACCACCGUGACAUCAAGUCUUCAAACAUACUCUUGGAUGAGAAAUAUCGAGCGAAAAUUGCUGAUUUUGGGACUUCAAGAUCAGUUUCCCUUGAUCAGACUCAUGUGACCACAUUGGUUCAGCGAACCUUCAGGUACUUGGACCCGGAGAACUUUCAGUCAAGCCAGUUUACCGAUAAAAGUGAUGUGUACUGCUUUGGUGUGGUUCUUGUUGAACUCCUGACUGGACAAAAGCCAGUGUCUUCGUUGCGAGCAAAUGAGGGUAGAAGCUUGACGACAUACUUCAUCAUCUCAAUGGAGGAGAAUCAUCUUUUCGAUAUACUCGACGCUCGUAUUUCGGAGCAGGGCAGAGCAGAAGAGAUUACUACAGUUGCAAACCUUGCAAAACAAUGUUUAAACCUAAGAGGGAGGAAAAGGCCCACGAUGAAAGAGGUGGUGAUCGAAUUGGAAAGGAUACGGAGCCUGGGGCAACCAGCUUCCAGCCCUGAGCAAAAUCAAGAGAGGAGCGAUUUGUUGGUGGCUGAGGCAUCUGAGGGGUUCAAUGCUUGGUUAACGUCGGGAGAAUCUAAUAUGGAUGCCGAAGUAAUUACGUUGUCGGACGUUCACCCCCUCUUACCUAGCGAAUCAUGGUGAAUCACAGUAGAAUUACUCCGUUUCUGUAGUUUUUGCCACUGCAUUUAACACUGGGUACUAUAUUUCCUUUGCAGCUUCAGGGAAUAAGCAGGUUGCAACUUCUUCUUGAUUUUAUUUUUUAAGUGAUUGAUUGUAAUAAUAUGGUAUAUUAACCUUCCAAUUCCAUCAUAUAUCUUAUUCUA